UCCAGCACGCUGAUAAGUUUGAGUUUUAGAAACGUUAAUAGAGUUCACUUAGUGAUGAAGAUGUAUCUCACCACGUUCUUCAUCCUUUUGGUGACGGCGCUGACUGUAAACAGCGAGAAACACUCCCUCAUGUACAUCUACACCGGCCUCUCCAAACCUGUCGGACUUCCAGGCAUCCAUGAGUUCACAGCUAUGGGUCAGAUGGACGGCAGGAUGAUCGACUACUAUGACAGUGAUAUCCAGAGAAAAGUUCCCAUGCAGGACUGGAUGAAAGAGCGACUUCCUGCAGACUACUGGGAGAAAGGCACACAGUCCCGCCAAAGCAAGCAGCAGUGGUUCAAAGUCAACAUCGACAUCCUGAUGAAACGAAUGAAUCAGACCGACGAUGAUCUCCAUGUUCUUCAGUGGAUGGUCGGCUGUGAGGGUGAAACAACUGAGCCUGAUGGCACAUUAAAGUUUGUCCGUGGUGUGUACAUGUACAACUACAACAGACAAGACUUCCUGUCCUUUGAUGACGCCAACUCAGUCUGGGUUGCUCCCACUGAGAUAGCAGUCCAGACCAAGAGAAAGUGGGAUCAUGACCAGCGCCUAAAAGAAUACACCAAAGGCUACCUGGAGAAGGAGUGUAUCCAAUGGUUGAACAGGUUCAUUGAAUAUAAGAAAGAACAGAUGGAAGCUGCCUCUCCACCAGAUGUGUACGUGUUUGCUAAGAACAAAGGGUCAAACCUCAUGUUGACCUGCGUGGCCACAGGUUCCUACCCAAAAGACAUCACCCUUAUCAUCAGAAGGAACGGCCGCACUGUGACUAAAGAGGACGGGUUGAUCUCCUCAGGCGUUCGACCAAAUGAAGACGAUACCUUCCAGAGAAGAGACAGUGUGGAGAUUUUAAAGAGUGACAUCGCUUCAUUCACAUGUGAAUUCAUUCACAGAGCAUCCGGACUGUCUGUUGAGAAGCCUUGGUAUCCUAAAGUUACUGAUGAAGAAAACAUUGAAGGGUUUAUUGGGGUGAUUGUAUGCCUGCUCGUUGUCCUACUCGUGGGUGGAGCUGUAUUGCUGGUGAUGUUGAAGCCAAUCAGUGUGCUCUGUAGGCGGGACAUAGUCACACAGCCCAGAGUGGUGACUUCAGGCAGAGAGAGACGGCUGCAUAAGAGCCAAAGAACCGACUUUUAA